AUGAAAAAAAAAUAAUAAUAACCAUCAUAACCACAAUGUUAAACACCAAAAUCAAAACAUAUUAUCCAGCCAAUCGCAUCCCCCAAUUCAAAUUCGAAUUCUUUUUCACAAAUAUUUCAAUCUUAUUAUCCACGUACUCCUGUUAGAAAAGUAAAUCAAUAAAAAAAAGAUUAGCUUGGUUAAGUAAUGGAAAAAGGGGUAACUAAAUACGCAGUAGUUACUUAAGUAACUUUUAAUUCUACCACUAAAUUUAAAUCUUUGCCACUUCAAGAACAUUUCGCUCAAUUUUAAGUUUAUGAUAAAAGAAAUAAAAUUGCUGAUAAUGAAUGGAGCCUUUUAAAUCUAAAAUCAUCAUCAACCCUCUCAAAUAAAACACAAUUAUUUUAUACCUUAACUAAUGUAUUUUAAGAAUAUAAACAAAACCCGAAUAAUUAUUUCAUGAUUUCAAAUGCAUUAUUUUUGGCUUUUUUUUCAUAUUCAAAUUAGAAAAUACCAUAUUGUCUUUUUAUCACAAGACAGGAUGCUUUAAAUAAAUAACUUUAGAAAUCAUAGUUUUUAGAAUAGAAACAAAUUGAGUCUACAGUUUUAGGUGUUGAAACUCCAUUGUCAGUGUUAUUUCCAACUAAUCCAACUUAAUUUCCGACUAAAUACACAUUAUCAUUAAUCUAGAGAAAACACAUUUUAUACUUAUUCAAUAUUAUACUUAAUAUAGGAAUAGAAAAAGAGACAAUGGAUGUAGCUGCUAAUUUUACAUUUCAUAAUUCUUAUUUCAAUAGUGUUCAAACAUAUAAUGGUGUUGACUAGAUUGAAAAUGAAACAUAAAAUUUAUUUGAUAAUAAUACAGAGUAUAAAAUAUCAUUUGAGGGAUUGUUUAACAUUCAACAAAUUAUCGAUCUAAAAAAUCAACUUUAAAAGAGUAAUCCUGACAUAGUAGUUUCUGACAUCAAAUUAAGUCCAUUAACAACUCUAAUUAAUGAUAAAUUACUUGAAUAGAUAAAUAAUGAAUUAUAAUGA